GAUGAGGCACGUGCAGCUUUUUCCGGCAAGCUGGAAUCCAACAGGACGAAAAUUCGGGAUCAAGACUUAUUACUGGUGUGUGGUGACUUUAAUUGUUCGUCCUCGGAGUGGGUGAACGAUAUAUCGAAUAAUGUACUUUAUACCACAGAUGUUGACAACAAAUAUGCAUUUUUCAUUGAUACUUUAAAUUUUUCAAAUCUUAAGCAAUUCAAUAGUAUACGUAAUUUUAAUAAUAAAAUUUUAGAUUUGAUUUUAUGUGACAAGAUGAGAGUGAAUAAUGUAAGGAGAUGUGAUGCUCCUCUUGUUGGUGAAGAUAAUCACCAUCCGUCAGUAGAGUUUUUAUUGGACGUUAACGCACACCGCUAUUUGAGAAAAUCUAGAUGUUCGGGAUUUAAUUUCAGGAGGGGCGAUUACCAGGCUUUGAAUGCUGCGCUUCUAAGAGUGGAUUGGCCUGGUCUCUUGGAGAAUGUUGAUGUUAAUGCCGGUGUGAACGUCUUUUAUAACAUAUUGAGAGGGUUGAUCUCGGAACACAUACCUCAAUUAAACAUAAAUAAAAAUUUCCCCUUUUAUUUUUCAAAAGAUACAAUUCGUACUAUUCGAAGGAAGCAUAAGUUUCAUAGUAGGUACAAAAUUUACAAAGACCCUUUAGAUUAUGACCAGUUCAGGCAUUCCAGGGCUCUAUCGAAAAGGUUGAUUUCGAGAGAUUUUUAUCGCUAUUUGGAUACGAUAGAGCAGGAACUACCACAUGACUCAAACAGAUUUUUUAAGUUUGUUUCUCAUAGAAAAUGCCAUAGCAAGUUUCCAUCUGUUAUGAUGAGAGGCGAUGUUGAGGCCUCCUCACCUGAAGAGAUUUCCAACCUUUUUGCUGACUUUUUCAGCUCUGUGUUUGAGCCUGUCUUUGGUUCGGAUGAAAAUCUAGACAUUGUCGAUAAUAAAUACAACAGUAAUUAUUUGCAUGAGGUUACUAUUUCUGAGGAGAGUGUAACGGAGGCCUUACGAACUUUAAAUCAAAACAAGGGUCCAGGUCCGGAUGAGAUUCCACCUAUAUUGCUGAGGAAUUGCUGCGACUCAUUGUCGUUGCCACUUGCCAUUAUCUUCAAUCGGUCCCUCCAGAGUGGAGUUUUUCCUCAUUGCUGGAAGCUCUCUAAGAUAAAUUCAUUUCAUAUCACGUGAAAGAUCUUAUUAUUGAAAAUCAACAUGGCUUUGUGAGGGGACGAAACCUGG